AGGAAAGGCGUCGUACACACGUAAGAGCCGAGAUGUAUUUACAGGUCCAUGGUAUUUACAGUAUACAUGUUGACAUAAGAGCUAUCGAAGGUCGUCCAUGAGUCAAGGGAUGUCUGAGCAAUCGCCUCCCAAGGACCUGUAUGCAGUGUUGGGAGCCGAGCCCUCGGACUCACCACAACAAUUAAAAGAUAGAUACAAGCAGCUUGCCUUGAAGCACCACCCGGACCGUCUGCGAGGGCUGUGUGCCUCGGCGGCGGAGGCCUCCCUGAAGAGGUUCCUGGAAGCAGAACAGGCCUGGAGGAUCCUUGGAAACCAGGAGGCCAGGAGUCAAUAUGACCUGCACAGAAAAGAGAACGUAACAUGGAAUGCAGCUUCCACCAUCAGUCUUGUUGUUCUGCUGUUCUGCUGGCACAUUUUUAAGUCGUUCCUCACGCAACGUUCCUCAUUGUUCUUGUUGAUAAUGUCCCGACAAGACGUUGGAAGUAGCAUCACCAAAGUCAAAUGUCCAUGAUGAUUACAGGGGUGUGGCCUGUGGACGGCAUCACUGUAGGCAUGGCCAGUACUGGGGCAUGUCUACCUCACUCCCUGGAACCUGAACUGGCACCGAGACUCCAGGGGAAAUAAGACCUGAGGACGAGAUCAUAUCAACAUGAACACAUACGCUUACAUUAACGUACAAACAUGACACCAACACCAAGGACCUAUAAUCAUUUAACAUUUUUAAAUGAACCGCCUACAUUUACAUCUUGUCAAAUUUACAUUCUCAUCUAGGUGCUCUCCUUUGCUUCUAGAAAAACCUUUUGCAAGAUAAAAAAAAUGUGAACGUCAGAUAUCAAGUACACAUGUUUUAAUCAUCAGAAAAAUCAAGCUGCCUUACAGGUUUCUAAAAAAAGAUGGCUCUACCUGUUGAUGUGGUUGUAGUCAUGGGUUGACUGGUGACAUGUGACUGCAUAUGAGAGCUGGUAUAGGGCUCGUAACUUCUUCCAUUUACUGUUGGGCUCGUAGGUAGCAUACAGGAAUACGAAGUUUGACUUGGUGCCUGGAAUCAAAGACAAAAAGACAGUUUUAUUAAGAAUUAAAAAAAUAAAUUGCAUUGGCUCAUAUUAGAAGAAACACCUUCAACAUAGCCCUACUGAACUAUCAUACCACUACGUUACCAUUUACCAUCUACUUCUGCUUUACACCAAUCAACCAAUAAUUACAGACAAAAGGAUCUGGGAUUAGUUCCAUCCCCAUGCCCACUUACAAGCCAUGUCCUUGAGCUAGACACCUUAACCCCUACCUGCUCCUGAACGACAUGUCCCUGAAAUAACUAAGUGGCUUUGGAUAAAACAUCUGCUAAAUAGUAAAAAAGUAAAUAAAAGUAACAAUAAUUCAAGUGUCUAUUACGCAACGUGUACAGAAUUGAUUGGAUACUUGUGAACAACCUGAAUCCUGUAGCUCUGUUUUCAUGAACAUUGUAUCCUCAUGACAGUAGGUGUAGCUCAUUAAAAAGUGUAGUAAUUAUUGGACUGUAUGUAUGCCAGUGCCCAGCAUUAAUGUCAUCAAAUACACCUGUGUAUUUCUACUUCAACUUUACAACUAUGUAGGGGCGGCAUUGUUUUGAAAGCUCAAUCGUCUUGAGCCACUCACCUGAAUAGGCAGGCUGCUUGCCAUUGUGAAGUUGGGCAAGGUUGGUAUGCUGUAGCUGUUGGAUAGAACUGCUUCUGAUCUUCCCAACACAGGUCCUGAUGCGAAGCUCACUAGAGAUUAGAGAAGACACAGAGCAAUAACUAACUUUUAGGACAAUGAAAUAGCCAUCGUAUUAUGAACAGGACACUUUCCACAAUACAUUGCAGGAUCCAUUGUGUAACAUUUAGUAGCAUCUAGCGGUGAUCGAUUUAGGGAUUGCAUUUAGUCUGUCAAUGUAAAGGUCCUUUAUCAUUUAAUGUGAUUGUUCGUUGUGAUUUUUUCCCACGUCAAUAAAAACAAUUACAAAUCAUGGCACUGAAGGGGACUGUACACUUAUGCAGCAAUGUAUGAAGUGACAUACAUUGGAAUUCCACCGAGAUCAAUUUUGGAUGGCUUUAGCCUCCGAAUGCAUCAGUUUAUCCAAUCAUAAUAGAGUAUCUUUGUCAUAAUCACAAUGGUCACUGUACAUGUUGUAGGACAUAAUGGUGGUAACACAAACGCCUCUUAUUACACCCAUAGUGGAAACUACAUUCAUAGACCUAUAAUCAUCGGUAUCUAUUAUACCUGUAUGUAUUGAUCAUUUAUCUCGAUAGCAUUCCGCGUUGUAAGCCGGUGUUUAAUUGCACUUGAGUACCUGACGAAAGGUUUCUUUGAAUAACGUGAAGGUGUGCAGUUGUAUCACAAUAGUAUUGUUUUAAACACCAACUUUCUAGAGAGAGUGAUGGCCUACUCUAGUUAUCGUAAAAGGAAACAACCUCAAGAACUAAUAUCUCCAAACAUGCAUUACAGAUUGCAUUAACAAAAUACCCCUCAUCAACAAACUGCCAUUCACUAUACAAUUUUACAUUUGGAUUAAAAAGUGGGUGAAAGUCCAUUACAAUUUAAUCACAUAGGAGAUUUUGCCAAAUUGGCAGAGCAGGCUCGUCUUCACUAGGCUAUAUGAGGCGCAUCCAACAGAGAGCUAAGCAUCUUGACAAUUUUAUAUAACGCCAAGAAAUGUGUGGAUGUGUGUUUAUCAGAGAUUGAUUAUGAGUUUCUUGUUGACUCAUCGUCUAAUGCCAUGUGUGUCAUGACUCUCAAAUACAAAAUCACUCAUUAUAACGCUCAUACACAACGGCCAUGAUAAAAAAGUAUAACAAAUGGGCCAUAGCCAUUAGGAUAACCCGCACCAAUCCUUCCUGGAACUCUUAGCCCAAAAUGCAUUUAUUUGAUUGAAUUCAAAUUGUGUUAUCUCUAGAGCCGUCGCUCUGUUUGGGGGCUUAUGUGGAAACAAGGCGGUGUAACAUGGCAGAGGACCCACUCCAUAUGUAGACAUGAAGGGCUCAUUCAUCCAUUUAGUUUUUUUAAAACAUACUAUUAUAUUCUAUUUCUGCCAAGUCCGUUCCGCUGAAAGCCACUCAAUUCUACAUACUGCACCUUUAACAAUGUAUCAGAUAAUAUCACAACAGAAGGUACAGGCCAGCCCUGGUAGAGAUAGAAGUAAUAAAAAAGGGCUGCAAAAUUCAAGCAACAACGAACUACUUGAAAUGUAUCUAAAUACACAAUUUGAUCAGUAGCAGUGUUAAUGCAAAUGCAGACAAUAAAUAAGAGUAGCGUUGACGAGUUGACCCUCAUAUGAGGAGUGUGUAAGGUUUACCUGGUGCAGCAUGCUGUGGUAAAGGCUGGUAAACACUGGUAUUGAAGCUGCUGCUGAUGGGGAUGUUACUGGAGGAGAUGGACAACUGGCGACGUUGAGCCCUCAGCUUCUCGUCCCUUCUCCACUUGGCUCUUCUAUUUGAGAACCACACCUGGAGAUAAAAGAUAAUACAAUGAGUGCUUAGCUUACAGAAUUAAAUAAAGUAAAACGCCUUUCACGCGAUCAAAGAAUAUUUGCACCACAAAUGCAUGGCAGUAUUAAAACAAUGUAUGACCAGAAAUAUAGUCAAAUGUAAUGUAUUCAAAAGUAAUAUAUAUACACAUUUUGUUUAAUAUAAAGAUAUGAAAUGUAUAAUAUAGUAAUGAAUAAUGUUAUACACUUGUCAAUAUAGUUAGAUUGAUUCCUUUUCACUGUUACUUCCGAUGACCAGAAUAAUAAAACUAGAUUUUUUGUUAUUUAGUUUAUAGUGGGCUACGAGUUGUGGUAUGACGCAGGCCUACAGACUGUGAUUAGGGGCAGUCUAAAUAAACUUGACUGGACUGUCUUACUGUGCAAACGGUUGGAGGUAAUUAAACAGACAGAUGGACUGACCUGUAUCCGCGCCUCUGGCAGGUCUAUUUUGGCAGCAAGUCGUUCUCUGGCAAACACAUCUGGGUAGUGAGUCCUUUCAAAUUCUAGAAAGAAAUUUGCAGAAAAUAAGUAAGCCAUCAGCACCUGCCUUUUCCUCAAAUUCAUGUCGUUUCUUUAUAUUGGAAUAACAAUACAUUGAUUUCAAUGGCAACCACCUAUUAAACAACAUCCAAUUACCUUU